AUGUUAAGAGCUUGUGCUAUUGAGUUUAAGGGCAGUUGGGAGAAGUACAUUCGACUUGUAGAAUUUGCCUACAAUAACAGUUAUCAGUCGAGUAUUCAGAUGGCCCCUUUUGAUGCACUAUAUGGUAGGAGAUGUAGGACUCCACUGUGUUGGUCAGAAUUGAGUGAGGGCAAGAUGGUAGGUCCGAAUUUGAUUCGGGAUACAGAGGAAAAGUCACUUAAGGCAGUAAAAGGAGGAGCCUUGGCUGACCAAUUAGCGGAACUGCCUGUGGAAGACGAAAUGAAAGAAGUGGAGUUUCCCGACGAAGAUCACUUGAAUGUAGAAAAUGACGUUUGGGAGAUGUAUUUUGAUGGAGCUUCGAAUUACCACGGAAAUGGAAUUGGAGUCAUGUUCAAAACUCCUUGUGGAGAAUACGUCCCAAUCGCAGUCAAGUUAGAUUUUGACUGCGCCAACAAUGAAGCCGAGUAUGAAGCUUGCGUUAAGGUAAGGGUCUCUCAAGUUCUAAGGAAGUGGAAAACUAAAGAAGAGCGUUUGGUUCCUUACCUACAACGCUUGGACGGAUUGGCUCAACAAUUCAAGGAUCUGUCUUUCCAUUACUUGCCCCGAGCCAAGAAUCAGUUUGCUGAUGCCCUUGCUACUUUAGCUUCCAUGGUCAAUGUAGAGAGGAAUCAAAUUAUUCGACCUUUGACAGUUCGGCUACAGAAACAGCCGGCCCACAUCAUGAAUUUGGUCGAUGACAAGCCCUGGUUUUGGGACAUACACAGAUUAUUCUUCGAAACGAGGUUUACCCUGGAAUGGAUCCUCGAAGAUUGA